UAGUAGUGACGGUGACGCUUUCCUUCUACAAUUUUGUGAGGACACUAAAAGGUUCUCUAACUGUGAUACGACUGAGAAUGGACGCAAAUAAACCACUUCAUACAUCAGCAGCUGGUGAUGCAUGUGGACCAGAGGAGAGUAACACAACGGCGUCAGCAGCAAAGGCGGCCGCCGCCCGUCUGGCUGAAAUCCGUCUGGUGGUGGUGGGAUGGAGGUGGCCCGGGAAAAGCCUGACAGGAAACACCAUCAUCGGCAGGGAGGAGUUUCACUUGGAGAGAGCGGCCGAGUUCUGCAUCAAGAGGGAGACUGAAGUGGAUGGAAGGGAGAUCAGCGUGGUGGACACUCCGGGAUGGUUUUCCACCCAGGAUACACCACCCUCCUAUAAACAGGAACUGGUGAAGGGUCCUUCUCUUUGCCCGCCGGGCCCUCACGCUUUUCUACUAGUCAUUCCCGUUGGCAUGUUCACAGAGGUGGACCGCAGCCGCAUCGAAGAGCACCUGAGCCUGUUUGGGGAGCGCGUUUGGAACCACACUAUUGUGGUUUUCACCUGGGCGGAGGUGCUGAGGAAGAUCUCCAUCGAGAGGUACAUACGCAGGGAGGGCCAGGAGCUGCAAUGGGUGCUUAGAAAAUGCAAGAAAAGGUACUUUGUCAUCAAUAACUCCAUCUUUGGAGAGAAUCCCCAAGUGGGAAGUUUAAUGGAGAAGGUGGAGAAGAUGGUGUCAGAGGAGGGGGGCCACUAUAGCGUAGAAGCCGAGGCGAAAGCUCUGGAUGAGAACCAGAACGCAGCCGGAGAGGCUCAGGCGCUGCAGGGAGCCCAACAGAAACCGAGUCCUGAGCAGGAUGUGAGCAACGCCAUGGGAGUGCUGUCGCUUUCCACUGAAUGAUGCUCAGACUCCAAGGGGAAAUCUGGCAAUUCUAGAGCCCAACAAGUAAAACGUAGAGACUAAAAGUAAGUAUAGUCAGUGUUUUUUAUGUAAAAGAAAGAACAGCAAACGUGUUUUCCUCAACUUUGUGCUGCUUUAGAGCCACCCUCACUUUUAUUCAUGCUUUUGGAAAUCACUUUAGAUGUAAAAAUAGUGUUGAUGUGGCGGCCUUAACCCCUUGUGCUAUCCUAUGGGGUCCAGAUGACCCCACCCUUGCAUUGACGUGUUCUCCCUACCAUAACAAAGGUGGAUAAAGGUGAAGAGGAUUUCAUGUAAUCCAUGGACACCUGUGAAGAUCACAAAUCAGUGAAGAAAAAAGGUUCAGAGCACUGUCUAGUGGGGUCCAGAUGACCCAACUCCCAAUGAUAAAGUGCACAAAGGAUAGCACAAGGGUUACAAACAUGACCUAAAAAAGCAGAGGGUCAUUUUCCACGUUAUCUUGAUGCUGAAGAAGGAGAUUUUAAGGAAACAACUCUGUCUUAUUAUUUUUAUUUCCUCAUCCUGCAUCCAUAGCAAACUAGGAAACAAAAGUGGGACGAGUUCACAGUAGUUUCUCACAUUUAGUUUUAGAGUAAAUCCAGUUUAUUUUUGACUCCAUAUAACCAGGAAGGCUUUAUCGUCGGCAGAGCUGCUUAGACAAAAAAAAAAGGUUUAAAAGUGAACCGUUACUGAAAGUAUAAAGAAAAGUGGUUUAUCAGUUUAUCAUAUUUAUUACACUAGCAGGCAUGUUACUGUGUGCACCGAUUGUGGUAUAGAAAGCCUUUUUAACAACUGAGAUGUGUUUUCCCGUUUUAUCCUGUGAUAUGUGGAUAAAAUAAGACGUUUUUAGUAAAACGAUAAAGUUUCUUCACAUGCAGGAGGUUUUUUUUUUUUACCUAAAAGAUGCACUGACUGUUACACAAAAGUGAGCUUUUGCCGUUUCAAAACCUAACACUCCUUCAUGUAGGUGGAUACAUAAGCAAAUCACUGUAUUUUCCUGUUUUUAAUGGAUUUUUUUUCAAAUGAUUCCUGUUCUUUGGGACCAAAUUGUUGAUUUUAUUUUUUUUCCUUUUGCUGCCAUGUUUACUGUAUUUCCUCUGUUUUUAUGCCUCACUUAUUUAAAGGAAUGGGUCACACAAGUAAAGAUGGUAAAACAUGUUUUUAAGAAGGAAUGAAAUGAGUAAAAAAAUUUAUUUGUGGCAUUUAU